AUGCAGACCACCGGUCCCGGUCCCGCUCCCGGUCCCGCCUCCGCCAAUGCCGGCCUGCCGAUUAACCACAUCAUCGGCACCCAGCAGGCCCGCUCCCUCCACCUGCGCGUUCACGCUGACCGCUUGCCGAACGGCCGGCUGAACCAUGACGCCUCCGUCGCCUUUGCCAACCAGGCAGCCGGUGACUCGUCCACGCUAGUCAUGUACAGCGACGGGUCUGGCAAUUACCGUAACCAUCAUGAGCCGCAGUGGACUGGCGUCGCAGUCGCCUGGAAGCGCAGAGAUGAGCUGCUGUACCACGUCGCUGGCAGCACGAUCCCACGGCCGAUGGAGUCAGACCAGAUGGAGAUCUGCGCUGUCAACGAGGGCAUGAGCACUGCGCUCGUCGAGAGGUGGUCGCAGGUCGAGAGCCAGGUGGUUGUCUUGAUGGACAACAUCAUAGCCCUGCAGGUCAUCAGGGACUGGGUCCCUGGACAAGGCGGCGCCAACGAGCGCGUCUUGCAGCGCCUCAAGAAGUAUGAUGACUUCUUCGCUGCACAGGGCGUUCCUGUCGUCGUCCGGUUCCUGAAAGGCCGGCGUUUUGUUGAAGGUCACGACAUCGCCGAUGUGUGGGCCAGACAGCUCUCCACCCCUAGAGAGUCGUUCAAACACUCGGGAAACCAGACCCAGUGGUACCAUGCGAGAGAGAGGCACAUGUUCACUAAGAUCAUGAUAUGGCACAAGGCUGUGGACGACAACGACGAACUUGAGGGGGAGUGGAACCGCUUCGAGAGGCGAGUUGCUCAGCAGUCGUGA